AUGAUUCAUGAGGUGGCAGGGGACGGAACAAAAAGAAGCUUUCAUGAAAAAAAAAAGAUGGAUGAAUCAUAUCAGAGAAAUGGAAGAACAAAUUUAGAACAUGUACCUCGCCUUAAAUUGGGAAAGUUAUUUAUAUUUAUUUCAGCCUCAACAAAUAAAACUUGUUUACAAAUUGAUAAUGAAAUUACAAAUAACUGA